GCAGCGUUAGCAGCGGACUGGCCUGGCAGUUCCUUCCUUGGAAGGAGAGAUUCCUUUACCAUGGAGUCCUACGAUGUGAUCGCCAACCAGCCUGUUGUGAUAGACAACGGAUCCGGUGUGAUUAAAGCUGGUUUUGCUGGUGAUCAGAUCCCCAAAUACUGCUUUCCAAACUAUGUGGGGAGACCGAAGCACGUGCGUGUCAUGGCAGGAGCCCUUGAAGGGGACAUCUUCAUUGGCCCCAAAGCUGAGGAGCACCGAGGGCUGCUCUCUAUCCGCUACCCAAUGGAGCAUGGCAUUGUCAAGGACUGGAAUGACAUGGAGCGCAUCUGGCAGUAUGUCUAUUCUAAGGACCAGCUGCAGACUUUCUCUGAGGAGCAUCCUGUGCUUCUGACGGAGGCGCCUUUAAAUCCACGGAAAAACCGAGAACGAGCAGCUGAAGUUUUCUUCGAGACCUUCAAUGUGCCAGCCCUUUUCAUCUCCAUGCAAGCUGUGCUCAGCCUUUAUGCCACGGGCAGGACCACAGGUGUAGUGCUGGACUCUGGGGACGGCGUCACCCAUGCAGUGCCCAUCUACGAGGGCUUUGCAAUGCCCCACUCUAUCAUGCGCAUCGACAUCGCUGGCCGAGAUGUCUCCCGCUUCCUCCGCCUUUACCUUCGCAAAGAGGGCUAUGACUUCCACUCAUCCUCCGAGUUUGAGAUUGUCAAGGCCAUAAAAGAAAGAGCCUGCUACCUCUCCAUCAACCCCCAGAAGGAUGAGACGCUGGAGACAGAGAAGGCUCAAUACUACCUGCCCGAUGGUAGCACCAUUGAGAUAGGUCCUUCCCGCUUCCGGGCACCUGAGCUGCUCUUCAGGCCAGAUCUGAUUGGUGAGGAGAGUGAGGGCAUCCAUGAGGUCCUGGUGUUUGCCAUCCAGAAGUCAGACAUGGACCUGCGGCGCACACUUUUCUCCAACAUUGUCCUUUCGGGAGGCUCCACCCUGUUCAAAGGUUUUGGUGACCGACUACUCAGUGAAGUGAAGAAACUGGCUCCAAAAGAUGUGAAGAUCAGGAUAUCUGCACCUCAGGAGAGGCUGUAUUCCACAUGGAUUGGGGGCUCUAUUCUUGCUUCCCUGGACACCUUUAAGAAGAUGUGGGUCUCCAAGAAGGAAUAUGAGGAAGACGGUGCCCGGUCCAUUCACAGGAAAACCUUUUAAUGUUGGGACAUCGUCUUCACCUCUCUCUGAAGUUAACUCCACUUUAAAACUCGCUUUCUUGAGAGUUGGAGUGUUUGCGAGGAAUUGCCUGUGUAUGCAAGUGCGUGUGUGGUGCGUGGGUAAGAGUGUGUGUGCAUAUGCGAGUGCAGUGUAGCCCUGGGAUUCCAGGGCCCAGAAAGGACGAUGAACUACCCAUGAUGGCGACAGCCUGAGGCCUGGGGUUGACCACUAACUGGCCCUGAAAGGGAAGAGUGCUGGCAGAGGACCCCACCCCUGUCAGCUGGCCUUUUGUCUGGUUGUGUGGGACUAUGUUUACUACCCGAGGGAGACAGGGAGGUACACCCACCCCCACCCCACCCUUAGACCUUGCUGCUGCCUAUCCAGCCUGGGCUCGCCCCUCCCCC